AUGGCUCCACUAGCUGCCCUCAUCCCAUACAUGAUGGCAAAUUGUGGCGGCAAUCACCAUCAUCCUGAGUAUGACUGCAAGGAUUCCAACAUCACACUGUACACCGACAACCCUGACCUAACACUAUGUUUCCAAAAUACUGUCCUGGCAUGGAUCCCAUGUUUCUACCUUUGGAUCAUCUUACCUUUUUACCUCCUGUAUCUAAAAUCCAACAAACGAGGCUAUAUUAUUCUCUCUGUGCUGAGCAGGUUUAAAACGUUCUUUGCUUUUGCACUCUGGUGCGUCUGCUGGGCCAAUCUCUUCUAUUCCUUCCAUGGAAUCGUUCAAAGCUGGGACCCAGCGCCUGUGUAUUUUGUAACACCCUUACUUGUUGGCAUCACAAUGCUGUUGGCGAUGUUGCUCAUCCAAUAUGAGAGGCUUCAUGGAGUCCAGUCCUCGGGGGUUCUCAUCAUCUUCUGGUUUGUGUGUCUCCUGUGCGCCUUGGGUCCUUUGCGGUCCAAAAUCAUUAAUUCUUCAACUCAGGAUCCAAAGGAAGGCAGAUUCAGGUUCAUCACAUUUUAUAUCUACUUUGCACUCAUCCUCGUUGAGUUGAUCCUUUCAUGUUUUAAAGAAAAGCCUCCAUUUUUCUCUCCGGUUAAUUCAGACCCUAAACCUUGUCCAGAGUUAAAUUCCAGCUUUCUUUCAAAGAUGACAUUUUGGUGGUUCACUGGUAUGGCAAUCCAGGGAUAUAAAAAGCCUCUUGAAGAAAAAGAUUUGUGGUCUCUGAAUGAGGAUGAUAAAUCUGAAGUGAUAGUACAGAAGCUCCAGAAAGAAUGGGAUAGACAGAAGCAAGCGGUGCAACAGAAAAAAGCAGUAUCCUAUACCAAAAGUUCUAACGAUAUGAUGAACAAUAUCGGCGAUGGGCUGGAGGAAACAGAAAUCUUGUUGAGCAGUAGCAGAAAACAGAAGGAGCCUUCUUUUCUCAAAGCCUUACUCAGGGCCUUUGGACCUUACUUCCUAAUUGGCUCCUUCUACAAAUUGAUCCAAGAUCUCUUGUCUUUUGUCAACCCCCAACUGUUAAGCAUAUUAAUAAGAUUCAUCAAGGAUAAAGAUGCCCCUUUAUGGUGGGGGUAUGUGAUUGCAGCUGCCAUGUUUUUCUCUGCUGUACUGCUGACAAUAAUCCUUCACCAGCAUUUCCAGUAUUGCUUCAUUACUGGCAUGAGACUGAGAACUGGCAUCAUAGGGAUGAUCUACAGAAAGUCUUUAAUCAUCACCAACUCAGCAAAGCGCUCCUCAACGGUUGGAGAAAUCGUCAACCUGAUGUCAGUGGAUGCCCAAAGAUUCAUGGAUUUGACAACCUUUUUAAACAUGUUGUGGUCUGCCCCGCUCCAGAUUUGCCUUGCUUUGUACUUUCUCUGGCAGGCUUUAGGGCCUUCUGUGCUGGCAGGAGUUGCUGUGAUGGUCUUACUCAUUCCAUUCAAUGCUGUUAUUGCCAUGAAAACCAGAGCACUUCAGGUGGAACAGAUGCGGUACAAAGACUCCCGCAUUAAACUGAUGAAUGAGAUUCUCAGCGGCAUAAAAGUACUGAAGCUGUAUGCUUGGGAACCAUCCUUUGCAGAGAAGGUGCUGGAGAUACGAAAGAAUGAACUCAGAGUCUUGAGGAAGGCAGCCUAUCUCAAUGCCUUGUCGACAUUUGCAUGGGUUAGCGCGCCAUUUCUGGUUGCCCUGACCACAUUUGCUGUUUAUGUCACUGUGGAUGAAAAGAAUGUCCUCGAUGCAGAAAAAGCCUUUGUGUCUCUCUCCUUGUUUAAUAUUCUGAGGUUUCCACUCAACAUGCUUCCCCAGGUCAUAAGCAAUAUUGCACAGGCAAGUGUUUCCUUGAAGAGGAUCCAGCAUUUCUUGUCACAUGAUGAACUCGAUCCAAACUCUGUGGAAACCAAGUUGAUUACUCCAGGGUAUGCUGUUACUGUAAGGGAUGGAACAUUCAGCUGGGCAAAGGAUCUUGAACCAGCUCUGAAAGAUAUAAAUUGGUUGGUUCCAAGUGGUUCUUUGGUUGCUGUUGUGGGUCAUGUUGGCUGUGGAAAGUCUUCUCUGGUGUCAGCUCUUCUUGGUGAAAUGGAAAAACUCCACGGAGAAGCAGCUGUGAAGGGUUCUGUUGCAUAUGUACCUCAACUAGCAUGGAUCCAGAAUGCUACCUUGAAAGAUAACAUCUUGUUUGGCCAUUCUUAUAAUGAACAGAAGUACCAAACUGUUUUGGAGGCAUGUGCCUUGCAGCAAGAUCUUGAGGUGCUUCCUGGUGGAGAUCAGACUGAGAUAGGUGAGAAGGGCAUCAAUCUCUCAGGGGGGCAGAGGCAACGAGUGAGCCUAGCACGUGCCGUGUUUAGUGAUGCUGAUGUUUACUUGCUAGAUGAUCCUCUUUCAGCUGUGGAUUCUCAUGUGGCCAAGCACAUCUUUGACAAAGUUAUUGGACCGGAAGGAACACUUCAAGGAAAAACUCGAAUUUUGGUGACCCACGGCAUCAACUUUCUCCCUCAGGUGGACCACAUAGUUGUCAUGGUGGAUGGCAGGAUCUCUGAAAUGGGGUCCUACCAAGAGCUUUUGAAACAAAAUAAGUCUUUUGCAGAGUUCCUCCGUAAUUAUGCACCUGAUGAAGAUAUAGAAGAAGAUGAGCCAACAAUAGUGGAGGAUGAGGAGGUGCUGCUUGCCGAAGAUACGCUCAGCAACCACACAGAUCUGGCAGAUAGUGAACCAGUCACUAAUGAAGUCCGCAAACAGUUCCUGAGACAACUCAGUGUAAUAUCCUCCGAUGGGGAAUGUCCUAGCAAAAUGUCAACGAAAAGAAAGGUGUGUGACAAAAAGCCAUCUGAGCCUCUUCUAACCAGAAAAGGUCCUCCUGAGAAACUUAUCCAGGCGGAAACUGCAGAAACAGGGACGGUCAAGUUGACUGUUUUCUGGCAAUACAUGAAGGCUGUUGGUCCCUUUGUCUCUUUAUUUAUAUGCUUCCUAUACUGCUGUCAAAAUGCUGCUGCAGUUGGGUCCAACAUAUGGCUCAGUAUCUGGACCAAUGAACCUGUGAAUAAUGGCACUCAGAGCAAUAUGCAUACGAAUGUUGGAGUCUAUGCUGCUCUGGGCCUCUUGCAAGGGCUUCUUGUGCUGAUCUCUUCUUUUACCCUGGCAAUGGGUGGCAUCAAAGCAGCUCGCAUCCUCCAUGCAGGACUCCUGGAAAACAAGCUCCGCACACCACAGUCUUUCUAUGACACAACUCCCACUGGCCGAAUCAUCAACCGCUUCUCUAAAGAUAUCUACGUGAUUGAUGAAGUGAUACCACCAACUAUUUUGAUGUUCCUUGGGACAUUCUUCAACUCAUUGUCCACGAUGAUUGUGAUCAUAGCAAGCACUCCCCUCUUUGCUGCAGUUAUAAUACCUCUGGCCAUCCUGUAUUACUUUGCUCAGCGGUUCUACGUGGCUACCUCUCGCCAGCUAAAGCGCCUGGAAUCAGUUAGCAGAUCCCCCAUAUAUUCUCAUUUUUCGGAAACGGUCACAGGAGCGAGCGUCAUCCGAGCUUACAGAAGAGAAAAGUCAUUUGUUCGUAUCAGUGACAUGAAAGUGAAUGACAAUCAGAAAAGUUAUUAUCCUGGAAUUGUAGCAAACAGGUGGCUUGGAGUUAGAGUAGAAUUUGUAGGGAACUGUGUUGUAUUUUUUGCAGCUCUCUUUGCUGUGUUGAGUAAAGACAGUCUGACCGCUGGCCUCGUUGGUCUUUCUGUGUCCUAUGCCUUGCAGGUGACAAUGGCUCUUAACUGGAUGGUACGAAUGACAUCCGACCUGGAAACCAACAUUGUGGCUGUAGAAAGAGUGAAGGAAUACUCAGAGACUGAAACUGAGGCUCCUUGGAUAAUUGAAGACAAGAGACCACCAGAAAACUGGCCCGCUCAGGGACAAGUGCAAUUCGCAAACUAUUCUGUGAGGUAUAGGAAAGGCUUGGACUUGGUGCUGAAAGACCUCAGCCUAGAUGUGAAAGGUGGAGAAAAGGUUGGGAUUGUUGGAAGAACUGGAGCUGGCAAGUCCUCUAUGACACUCUGCCUCUUCAGGAUCUUAGAAGCUGCAAAAGGGGAAAUACAAAUCGAUGGGGUGAGAAUCUCUGAGAUCGGCCUUCAUGACUUGCGAUCAAAGCUGACUAUCAUUCCUCAGGACCCUGUUCUUUUUUCUGGAACACUCCGCAUGAAUUUGGAUCCGUUCAGUACAUAUUCUGAGGCAGAAAUAUGGAGAGCUCUUGAACUGUCCCAUUUGAAGAGGUUUGUCAGCAGUCAGCCAGCUAUGCUGGAUUUCGAAUGUUCUGAAGGAGGAGAAAAUCUCAGUGUUGGCCAAAGACAGCUUGUUUGUCUGGCAAGGGCUCUCCUCCGCAAAACAAGGAUCCUUAUUCUGGAUGAAGCCACUGCAGCAAUAGAUCUUGAGACAGAUGAUCUCAUUCAGAUGACAAUAAGAACACAAUUUGAAGACUGCACGGUGCUAACGAUAGCACACAGGCUAAAUACUAUAAUGGAUUAUACAAGAGUUCUUGUUCUAGACAAAGGAAAAAUUGCUGAAUUUGACACACCUUCAAGACUUGUAGCAUCCAGAGGAAUUUUCUAUAGUAUGGCCAAAGAUGCUGGAUUGGCAUAAAAGGACAACUGCUAUAGAUCACAGAAGGACUGUUUAUUUUUUUUUCUCCUACAAAGCAAUACCUGAAUGUACUGUACUGUUCCAGCACGGCAUUUCUACCAGAUUAUGGAGAUAAAAAGUAAUAUGUUUCAUACAUCUGGAAGACCCAGAAUUUUUUUUUUUUUAAAUAUUUUUAAAGUAUUUUAUACUAUUUUUGUUUGUUUGUUGUAACUGACAGACGUCCUCUCAAGAAACUGGAUGGAGGUAGUGUAUAUGUAUGCAUAGGCACUUAACUAUAUUGUUUUACUGCUAGUAAAUGACAGCUAGUGAUGUAUUGCAUUGGCUCAGUUUUCUAUUAAAUGAAAAAAAAUCUGAA